AUCUAAAUAAUGAUUUAAAAUAGUAUUUAAAAAUUUUGCAAUUGACUACACUAAAAAAAGAAAUUGCAAAUAUUUCCCUCCAUUUCUUUCAUCAAACACCUUCCAUCCAUGGCCCAUCCUCUUCCCUCGACACCCCUCGCACUCCACUCCGCCGCCGCCGCCGCCGCCGUCGCAACACCCCUCCUCCGCCACCAACCCAACUUCACCCACCGCAUCUCCACCGCCACCUCUCUCCCCCACCUGAAACAAAUCCACGCACACCUCCUAAGAAAUUCCCACCAUUCCAACCAGCAGCAGCACUUCUUCCACCUUGUUCUCUCUUCUCUCUCCUUCCCCUCAUACGCCCUCUCUCUCCUCUCUUUCAUCCCCACCGACGUCCCACCGCCGCAGCAAUUCUCCAACAAUCUCCUCAAACACCUCUCCCGCUCAAACAAUCCCCACAACACGCUCUUCUUUUUCCAAGCAAUCCAGGAGAAAGCUUUCCCCAUUGACAGAUUCUGCUUCCCGCCAUUACUGAAAGCGGCUUCGAAAGCUCGGGCACUUACUGAAGGCAAAGUACUUCAUGGGUUGGCGGCAAAACAUGGGUUCGACUCCGACCCUUAUGUGGAAACUGCUUUGGUGGGAAUGUACGCUGCCUGUGGGCUGAUCUCGGACGCCCGCCUACUGUUUGAUAAAAUGUCGCAUAGAGAUGUCGUCACUUGGAAUAUCAUGAUAGAUGGUUAUUGCCAAAGCCGACUUUUCGAUAGUGUCUUGGACCUGCUGGAAGAGAUGAAGAGCUCUGACGCAAAACCAGACGGAAGAAUCUUCACUACUAUUCUUUCUUCGUGCGCCCGAGUUGGGAAAUUGGAUAUUGGAAAAAUAGUGCAUGGAUUCAUACAAGAGAAUAAAAUUGUGAUCGACUCUCAUUUGCAGAGUGCACUUCUAAACAUGUAUGCGAGUUCUGGCGCAAUGGACGUGGCACAAAGUUUGUUUGACGAGUUGAAGACAAAGAAUGUUGUGGCCUCAACUGCCAUGAUUUCCGGGCAUUCAAAAGCGGGCAAUGUUGAAGCCGCCCGGUUAGUGUUUGAUGAAAUGUCUCACAGAGACUUGGUGUGUUGGAGCGCAAUGAUUUCUGCUUAUGCAGAUAGUGAUAAGCCUCAAGAAGCUCUUAACAUAUUUCACGACAUGCAGAAACAUGGACUUAAACCGGACCAAAUUACCAUGUUGAGUGUUAUCUCGGCUUGUGCUCGCCUUGGUGCAUUGGACCAAGCCAAACAAAUCCAUCAGUUCGUGGACCAUAAAGGGUUCGGAAAUUUUCUGCCUAUAAGCAACGCCCUGAUUGAUAUGUACGCCAAGUGUGGCAGCCUGGAGAAAGCAAGAGAAGUUUUCGGUCGGAUUCAUAGGAAAAAUGUCAUAUCUUGGACAAGCAUGGUCAGUGCUUUUGCUGUCCACGGUGAUGCGGAUAAUGCAUUGAAAUAUUUCCAACGGAUGAAAUUCGAAAACGUGGAGCCUAAUUGGGUUACAUUCGUGGGUGUUCUCUAUGCUUGUAGUCAUGCUGGAUUAGUCGAAGAGGGUAAAAGAGCAUUCGAGUCAAUGGUGGAUCGAUAUAGAAUCACACCUAGGCUAGAACACUAUGGGUGCAUGGUGGACCUCUAUGGAAGAGCCAAUCGACUUGCAGAUGCUCUCGAGCUUGUGGAGACUAUGCCAAUGGCACCAAAUGUUGUCAUUUGGGGUUCAUUAAUGGCUGCAUGCCGAAUUCAUGGAGAGUUUGAAUUGGGAGAAUAUGCCGCCAAGAGUGUUCUUGGGAUAGACCCAGAUCACGAUGGGGCCCACGUAUUUUUAUCGAACUUAUACGCGAAAGAGAAAAGGUGGGAGAAUGUUGGAGAAGUGAGACGGUUUAUGAAGCAUAAAGGGAUAUUAAAGGAGCGAGGGUGCAGUAUGAUUGAGAUGGAUAAUGAGAUACACGAGUUUUUGACAGCGGAUAGUAGCCAUAAACGAAGAGAUGAAAUUUACGCAAAGUUGGACGAGGUGGUUGUUGAGUUGAGACGGGCGGGGUAUGAGCCAAAUACGAGCGGUGUUUUGGUGGAUUUGGAUGAAGUUGAAAAGAGAGAGGCGGUGCUUUGGCACAGCGAGAAGUUAGCUUUGUGUUACGGGUUGAUAAGUAAGGAGAGACAAUCGUGCAUUCGUAUAAUCAAGAAUCUUAGGAUCUGUGAAGACUGCCACAACUUCAUGAAAUUGGCAUCAAAAGUGUUCGAUAGGGAAAUUGUUGUGAGGGAUAGAAGUAGGUUUCAUCAUUGCAGAGAAGGUGUUUGUUCUUGCAAGGAUUAUUGGUGAGAGGAUCAAAUUGAUUGUCUUCGACAACAUUCAGGUUCGUAUAGUAAAUAUAUGUUCUCCGUUUCUUUUUUCAUUUCGGAAUUUUUUUUUUUGC